CAAAGAAGCCAGUGUGGAUGUUGUUGUUGUUGUUGGAGUUAACGUUGUUAUUUACAGGAGCUGCCCCGCCCAGCCCCUCAACCCUCAAUCCCCAACCCCCCCCUUUGCGGUGCAUCUUAUUCCCCGGUUCGUUGUUUUUCCCUUUCAUGCACAACUGGCAGACAGCUGAUCACAGAGAACAACUCUGUGUCCAAUUCUGCAACACAGCUAGCUUCAGCUAGCGGGUCCCACAGCAGAGCUAGCGGCUAGUUGCUUAGCAGUGAUGGAGUGGCGGGGCAACGGAGCUUCGGUUUACCCCGGUGAAGAGUCCAGCAGUGAACCAGCUUCAGCAGCCAGGGGCUACGGCGGUGUUUAUCCUCACCAGCAGAUACCAUCAUCGCAACUUUGUGAUUGUGCCAUGGCAUCAUUGUGCCAGAGCCAGCAGCGCUGUGUGAAGGCCUCUAUCGUCUCCAGCUGGAGACUGGCUGAGGCGCAGGACCAACUGUGUUCUCUAGGGGUCCACAGCUCAGAGUCCAUGGAGCAGGAACGUGCUCGGACACUGGCCUGCCCCACAGAACUCACACACACUGAGGAGGAGUGGCGCCGCAAGGAAAGCAUGCUGGGAGUUCAGGAACCCAACCGCAGUCCUGUGCUUGGAGCUGUCGGAAGUUGGGAUGUUUUUGAUAAGAGCAUCAUUAAUGUCCAAAAUCAACCUGUUGAAAUGGAUCAGGACAAGUGCAAUACGCUUCUCCAAAAGUAUGAGAAAGAGCUCAGGCAUUUUGGUAUGUUGAGGAGAUGGGAUGACAGUCAGCGGUUCCUUGCAGACAUGCCUCAGCUCAUCUGUGAGGAAACGGCCAAUUACUUAAUUCUGUGGUGCAUGAGACUACAGCAAGAAGGGAAAGAAGCACUGAUGGAGCAGGUGGCGCACCAAGCUGUAGUCAUGCAGUUCAUCCUGGAGAUGGCCUUGAACUCUAAGCAGGAUCCCAGAGGCUGCUUCAGACAGUUCUUCCACAAAGCCAAAGAAGGACAAGAUGUCUACUUAGAAGUCUUCCAUACGGAGCUUGAGGCCUUCAAACAUAGACUUAAAGAAUACGCAGUCAAGUGUAGAGGUGAUACAACCAAACACACUGAACAACAGAACACUGGCACAAACUGCAGACUUGACCCCAAAGAAUCCCUGGACUCUUCAUCUACAGUGGCAGAGUACCCUAUGAAGCGUUGUUUAGAGGCAGGACUGUGGACAAGCACAGGGAGGUGGACAAAGGACGACUCCACAGAAACAGAGGAUAUACGUAUGAUGGAGACCUCCUAGGGAAUGUAGGAUCGACUGCUGCUUUUCAUCCAUCUCCAUCGUCUCCCCAUUUAGGAACAACCUGAUUUU